GUGUCAAACAAAUACACUAAACGGAAUUCUUGAAAGUCAUGACAUUUUGCUCCCGUAAAAGUCAAAAGUAGUCCUUUACAGAAUAUGCAUUUAAAUUAUUUAACAGAAGUCAAAUGUCAGCAAUGAGAAACAGUACUGUGACCACAUUCAUUCUGCUGGGACUGACAGAUGACCUUCAGCUGCAGGUUCUGAUUUUUAUCUUUUUCUUUCUCACCUACAUGCUGAGCAUAACUGGGAACCUGACUAUCAUCUCCCUUAUCUUACUGGAUUCUCAUCUUAAAACCGCCAUGUACUAUUUCCUACAAAAUUUCUCCUUCUUGGAGAUCUCAUUCACAACUGCCUGUAUUCCUAGGUACUUGUAUAACAUAGCAACAGAUGACAAAGUCAUUACCUACAAUGCUUGUGCCAGCCAGGUAUUUUUUACUGACCUCUUUGGUGUAACUGAAUUUUUUCUCCUAGCUGCCAUGUCCUAUGACCGCUAUGUAGCCAUCUGCAAACCCCUACAUUAUGUGACAAUCAUGAGUAGCACAGUCUGUAGAAGACUUGUCUUUUGUUGUUGGGUUGCUGGUCUAUCCAUUAUAAUCCCCCCACUGAGUCUAGGCCUAAAUCUGGAAUUUUGUGAUUCUAAUGUCAUUGAUCAUUUUAUCUGUGAUGCAUCUCCCCUCCUGAAAAUUUCUUGUUCAAAUACUUGGUUCAUGGAGCAGACCGUGAUAAUUUGCGCUGUGCUGACCCUCAUUGUGACACUUAUGUGUGUAGUACUGUCCUACAUUUAUAUCAUUAAAACAAUUUUUAGAUUCCCUUCUGUUCAGCAAAGGAAAAAGGCCUUUUCCACCUGUUCUUCCCACAUGAUUGUGGUUUCAAUCACUUAUGGCAGUUGCAUCUUCAUCUACAUCAAACCUUCAGCAAAGGAAUCAGUGGCCAUUAACAAGGGUGUGACAGUGCUCACUACUUCCAUUGCUCCAGCACUGAAUCCUUUCAUUUACACCUUGAGAAACAAGCAAGUAAAACAAGCCUUCAGUAACUCCAUCAAAAGAAUUGUGGUAUUUUCCAAAAAAUAAGAGAAUGUGAAGCCAAAUAAACACACAUAAAAUGAACCUACCAAAUUCUCUAGUCAGGUUAACUUAUUCGAAACUCUCUCAUUCAUCCUGAUCUAGUGGUGUCUUUCUCACAAGCUUCUUUUAAGAUCCUUCUAUACACAAGCUUAUUAACAGCUUUUUAACUUUCAAUCCUCACCUUCAAAUUAAGAAUACCCAAAAACAAAAAGUAAAAAGUAAAACAGAAGUAUAUAUCCAAAUCACAAAUAUCAAGAGAAAUUCAUAGGUUAGCAAAUCUUUACAUUUACCAACAAAAGAAUAAGUAAUGGUCACCAGUGUUUCAUCCAAUCCAAACCUUUUGAAUGAUUUAUUGAUUGAGUCAUUGAAUAAAUAUGUAUUGGGUACUUUCUUUGGGACUGGUACUCUUUUAAGCACUGAAAACUGAGAAGGGUCAACAAACUAGCAAAAACUUAUUCCCAUAUAUCCUCAAGGGUAAAUAAAACCAAUUCUACAUAAAAUAAAGCAAAAUGGUUAACUUGUACUAAAAUAGUUUUUUUUUCAUAAAAGGAAAUUAUAGACCUCAAAUUAAGGAAAACAUCUAAAUUAAUGAGACAGGAUAGCAAAACCUAGGAAAAUUCCUUGGCAAGUGGAAUAGGGAAAUUGAGACAGAUAGCUAAACUCAUGGCUGAGCAAUUUACAGUCGGAUACAAAGGUCACCUCCCUAGAGAUAACAUCUCAUCCUCAGCUGUAUUUCAGCUCCAGGCCCAGAAAAGCAGCAAAACCAGGUGGGCAACUCCAGGACCUGCUGUAAUAACUAAAGUUCCCUGCCCUGGCCUUGACCAAUCAGUGGAGACCAUGACUCUGAAAGGGCGCACUUGGAGAACUGAUGAA